AUGCAAUUGCCCCAAGGCAUGGCUUAUGCACUUUUGUCUGGUCUUCCUGCUGUUGUUGGGCUUUAUAUGGGUUUUUUCCCUGUUGUAUUCUACUGCAUCCUGGGGACAUCAAGGCAUCUUUCUAUGGGUGCUAUUGUGGUAGUUUCUUUGAUGUUUGGUGCUUUGAUUGACCAGCGCUUCCCUGAUUCCAACAAUAUUUUAAAUGGAACUCUUCAUAGCAAUGAUUUGGACAACAAUGAAGACUUUGAUUCUGAAGACAAGUUAUUUCAUGAAAAAAUAAAGUUUGCUAUGGCUUUAACAGUUAUAUCUGGAAUUACACAGAUUACAAUGGGCAUAUUACAGUUAGGUAUUAUUGUGAGAUUCAUGUCUAAUUCGAUUGUGAGUGCUUUCUCUACAGGAGUUGCCAUUCAUGUCAUCUCCAGUCAACUAAAAUAUAUCCUGGGAAUCACAAUUUCUCGACACAGUGGAUUACUAAGUGUACCAUAUACAUUAAUUGAGAGUGCUUCUCAUAUAAAAGAAAGUAAUUACCCUGAAUUCAUCUUGUCACUCAUUUGCAUUUUAAUCAUAUAUUUGGUAAAGUCUCAGCUUAAUGAGCGAUACAAAUCACGACUACGUUUUCCAAUUCCAAUUGAUUUGAUAAUUGUGGUUAUUGCUACACCUAUAUCUUAUUUCUUACAAUUAGGAGAUAAAUACAAUUUUCGAGUUGUUGGUAAAGUACCUGCUGGUUUACCAAAACCAUUUGUGCCUGAUAUUACUUAUGCUAAAGACUAUAUUGGAGAGGGCAUUGUUAUUGGUCUUGUGGCUUUUGCCCAGUCAGUGUCUGUUGCAAUUCUCAUGGCACGGAAGCAAGGCUAUAGAAUUGAUGCUAAUAGGGAACUGAUAGCAUAUGGGACUGCUAGUGUAUUUAGUCCUUUUUUUAAUUGCUACACAGCAGCAGGAGCUGUUUCCAGAACUAGUGUUCAGGUUGGAAGUGGAGGAAAGACUCAAGUUGCCAGUCUGGCUGGAGCUUUGUUUGUUUUGCUGAUUAUACUUGUUGCUGGACCAUUGUUUGAAUCUCUACCAAAUUGUGUGCUUUCUUCUGUCAUCUUAGUUUCCUUACGUUCAAUGCUGAAGGAAGUUUUAAAACUGCGUAGGUUGUGGAAAAUAUGCAAAUAUGAUUGUGUUAUCUGGAUUUUCACAUUCAUUUCUGUUAUCUUAACAACAUUGGAAUUGGGCCUGAUAAUUGGCAUUGUAAUUGGAAUCAUCACAAUUCUUAUACGUACUCAAAAAGUUGAAGCUGUAUCUCUUGGUGUGAUGGAUAAUAGUGAGAUAUUUUUGGACAAAAAUAAGUAUAAAGGAGUGUCUAUAACUCCAGGAAUCAGUGUGAUUGCUUUUGCCUCUCCGCUCUAUUAUGCAAAUGUGGAUGUUUUCCGCAAGGAGGUUCAAAAGAAGUUUGACAUUGCAAAAGCAAAAACUGACCCAAAGGUUAAUUCAAAUGGAACUUCAAGUUUGAAUGAAAUUUCAGAAACAUUUGAAGCUGGUCCGUCAAAUGAUGUUCCAAAAGAGAUGGUUCAUCAGAUUAUUAUAGAAUGUUCUGGAAUUAGUUUUGUUGAUGAGAUGGGAGCUGAUGCAAUGUUACAGCUUUAUGAAGAUUAUAAAAAAACUGGUAUCAUGUGUCAUUUUUCUCACCUUAAUGACAAAGUUAUUGCUGUACUUAAGCAAUCUGUUGCCUUUGAGACUCUUCGACAUGUUAUGUAUCUCACUACAUAUGAUGCCUUAACAGCUGUUAGUUCACAAUAUGAGCGCAUCACCACUCAUCUUUGA